GCUAAAAACAAGUCACACACUUAAAAAUGCAGCUAGUAUGAUAUUUACUUUUUUUUUCGAUAUAUAUAUAAAAAAAAACUAUUUCUUUAUAGAUCUGGUUUCAUCAAUCGUUUUGCAGUAUGGGAAAAUCAAGACCAAGAUAUAAUGAAAAAGCUCGUGCUUCUUCUAUGAAGCCUACACAACGACCUCAUCCAAAAGCUCGAAGUGGUGGUUUAGCACCACAAAUGUUUGAUCCUGAACAUAAACAAUCGAUCAUAACACCUAAUGCCGCUAAAGCUACUACAACUGACAAUGAUACCAAUGAAUUAAUGAUUAUUCCAGGUCAGAAUGACCAAUCAGUCGAGCAAAAGAAACAUACUACACAAUCCUACAAAGAGCCUAUCAAAUACAUGUCCAAGAAAAAAAGAAGAAAACUUGAGAAAUAUAUUGAACAAAAGCUGAAAAAGGAAGCCCGUACGGGUCUUUUGGAAAAACUUUCUACUGCUUCUUGGUCUUCUGAUUUGCUCAAGUCCUCUAAAUUAAUUGGUCGAUCAGGUCAAACACUGCGUGAACAACUAAAACAGACUUUGAUGGAGCAAAAGGCAGGGUUAACACCAACACAUACGGAUGUACCUUUAUUAAUUGAAAAGGAAGUGGAAGAAAAGCCUGAAUUAUUUGAAAUAAAUAAGGAACAACAACAGCAAACUAUACAGACAUCAAUUAUGGGAAGUGCUUUAAAGGACGGGCCUAAUAUGCCACUUGUUAAACGAAAGAGAAAGAAGAAGAAGUCUACUAUCCCGGCUAUUGCAAAAAAGCGAUAUAAACAAAGAAAGGGUAUGGAAUCAGAUACUUCGUUUGACAGUUCAGAUUCAGCUAAUGAUACCUCAUCGGACGAGGACGAACAAGAUGUAAAAAAUGAUAAAAAACCAGUUGAUAAUGAAUUGGAAGAUGAAAAGCGACAAACACAUAUCGAAGCCAUAGCAGAGGCUAUACAACAUAUUCCAGCUGAAGAACUUGUUACUAAACGUCAUGAAGCCGAAGUGGAUGAUAUCAAAGAGCAAAUUCUUAAGAGUCAUCGUGAAGGUGAUCUUGUCAAUGACCAGUCUAAACCUUUUUAUGUCUCUGUUAAUCGUUUACCUGAAAUACAAGCUGCACGUCUUCAAUUACCCGUCUGCGGUGAAGAACAAGUAAUUAUGGAAGCUGUUCGUAAUAAUACAGUCGUUAUUAUCUGUGGUGAAACAGGCUCUGGUAAAACAACUCAAGUGCCCCAGUUCCUUUAUGAAGCUGGUUGGUCGCAUCCGGAUAGUGAUAACCCAGGCCUUAUCGGUGUCACACAACCACGUCGAGUCGCUACUGUCAGUAUGGCCAACAGAGUUGCUCAAGAACUUAAUUUAUCAAACAAACAAGUUUCAUAUCAAAUUCGUUAUGAUGCUACAGUAUCCGAUGAAACUCGUAUCAAGUUCAUGACUGAUGGUGUCCUUUUACGUGAAAUGUCACAAGAUCUAUUACUCACUAAAUAUUCAACAUUAAUUAUUGACGAAGCACAUGAACGUAAUUUGAAUACAGAUAUUUUGAUUGGUGUUGUGAGCCGUGUCUUAAAAUUAAGAGCUGAGAUGAGUCAACAGGAUCGUGAGAAGAUUAAACCCUUAAGAGUAGUAAUCAUGUCAGCUACCUUACGUGUUUCUGAUUUUACCGAAAAUACACAGCUAUUUGCUAAAAUACCACCAGUUAUUAAUGUUAAUGCUCGUCAAUAUCCCGUUUCAAUUCAUUUUAAUAAGCGUACACCUCAGGAUUAUGUGGCUGAAGCAUAUAAAAAAGUAACUAAAAUUCAUGAACGAUUGCCUUCAGGUGCUAUUUUGGUGUUCUUGACAGGUCAAAACGAAAUCAAUCAAUUAUGUAAAAAACUAAGACAAAGAUAUCCUAGUUUGCCCGCUAAGGCUUCGAAGAAUGAUCGUAAAAAGGAAAAGGAGGCAAUUGCAUUAGAGUCAAAAAAGGAGGAAAUACCUGUUGGGAAAGUAGAUAUUGAAGAUGAGGCUAUAAAAUUAGGAGAAGAUGAGCAAAUUGAGGACUUUGAUUUAGAUACAGAUGAAGAAGAUGACGAUGAUGAUAUCCUGGAAGGGUUUGAUGAUGAUGAAUUAGUGAAUGAUAGUCAUGCACCCUUACAUGUUCUUCCACUUUACUCAAUGUUGCCUACUGAAGCCCAGUUACGUGUAUUUGAACCUCCUCCAGAAGGUACACGACUCUGUGUAGUAGCUACAAAUGUUGCCGAAACCUCAGUGACUAUUCCUGGUGUUCGAUACGUUGUAGAUUGUGGUAAGUCUAAAGAGCGUCGAUACGAUGUUCAAACUGGUGUGCAAUCAUUCGAGAUUGGGUGGACCUCUAAGGCUUCUGCUGGGCAACGUGCAGGCCGUGCAGGCCGUACAGGACCAGGUCACUGUUACAGACUCUAUAGCUCAGCAGUGUUUGAUCAUGAAUUUGAGCAGUUCUCUACACCUGAGAUACAUCGUAUGCCAAUUGAAGGUGUUGUACUCAAUAUGAAAGCAAUGCAUAUCGAUAAUGUAAUCAACUUUCCAUUUCCAACACCUCCACCUCGAGAAAACUUAAUAAAAGCAGAAAAGUUAUUGGGAUAUCUUGGUGCUAUUGAAAAGACAACAAAGCGUAUUACAGAAUUUGGACAAACCAUGUCAUUAUUUCCUAUUACGCCCAGAUUUGCUAAAAUGCUUAUUAUUGGUCAACAGCACAAUUGUUUGCCUUACGUAAUUGCUAUCGUAUCCGCAUUAUCUGUAGGUGAUCCAUUCAUUCAAGACUACCAUUUGGACGAUAAACAUCCUGACGAAGAGGACGAGAAUGAUAAUGAUGAUGAUGAGGAGCUUCAAAAUCUUAAUAACCCUGCUUAUAUCGAAAAACAGCAACGCAAAUUGAUUCGUAAAAAGUACUAUACAGCACAAAUGAAGCAUGCCGGUUUAGAUCCUUCUAGCGAUAUUUUGAAAUUACUUAAUGUUGUGGGUGCCUACGAAUACGCUGGCGCUACUUUAAAGUUUUGCCAGGAUAACUUUUUGAGACCCAAAGCAAUGGAAGAGAUUCGUAAAUUACGACGUCAACUUACUAAUUUAGUAUGUUCGAAUUUCCCUGAGGUAGAUGUCUGUUUAGACCCUAAGAUGCCUCCUCCAACAGCCACACAACUUAAAGUUUUGAAGCAAGUAUUAACAGCAGGCUUUAUUGAUUCCGUGGCAAUACGACAAGAUGUAUUAGAGACAGGUGGAGGACAAGGUUCGAAACGAUAUAAGAAUGCAAGAAAUGUUCCUUAUAGGUUAUUGUGGCAUGAUGAAGAUGCCUUUGUGCAUCCAAAUUCGAUAUUGUACGGUCAAGAACCACCUGAAAUGUUAGUGUAUAGUGAAUUGUUUAAGAGUCAAGGAGGAAAAAUGUGGAUGAAAGGUGUGACAGCGGUAGAGCCUAAAUGGAUUGCAAAAAUUGGUAAGGAUCUUUGUUCGUUUGGCCGGCCACUUGAGUUCCCACUUCCAAAGUUUAUUGGGGACAAAAAGGAUCGUAAAUUAGUAUAUGUUGUUCCUAGUUUUGGACCCAAAAGUUGGCCAUUACCUCCUAUUCAAGUUGAGCAACGAAGAGAGGGAACCCGAUGGGUUACAAUCAUGUAAUUUAUAUGCAUAUAUGUUUGUACAUACAUAUAGACAUGUGUAUAUAUACAAAUAUAAAUAUAGAAGCUUUAAAAUAAACUUUGAAUAUUUUCAAUUCGAGAAUAAUAAAU